AUGAACAGUCGCCAGAGCGCAGAUUUCGGCACGGUCCAGCAAUGGACCCGACUGCGGGACUUUCCACCCCGACGUCUCGAAGAUCGCUUCUACACUCCGCCAGAUUCGUGAGUAGACAGGAAUGCAGCUGAGAACCACAAGCAGAUGAUCUUACUUCUCAACUGCCCAUUCUCCAGAGGUGGCCCCACGUCUUUUCUUGAAGAGGUCCUCGUGCGUACUCUGGUCUUUGGGCUAGCUUAGCGUUAUGAAUCUCACACUCUGCUUGGCAUGCACAGGCCUGUUGUAGAGGGCACACUGACGCCAAAGUUGAGGGAAUGCGCGCGGAUAUACGCACAGAGACUCUCGUCAUAGGUUUCAGCUGGGGUUUGCUUCUUUUCCGCCCUUACUGGUACAUCAAAGUCCGUAAAAGAUCGAGACUUAACGUCGCCGUCAUUGCGUAUUUCGACGAUCAGGACAAUGCGAACUUUCAGAGCGCUUGCAGAGGCAUGGAUGCAUGUGACGGACGAGUGGUGCACAGUAUCGAGCAUCGGCUCUCAACCCCGUCAGAUGCGCCCGUCAUGAACACAAUCUUUAUAACGGAUCUCGACCCAAGUCGCUUGGACCCGACAAAAGAGCCCGCCAAACAACCUCUGACCGAUUGUAGAGUCAGGAUUCUGAAAAAAGAGCCGGUCGACGAGGUCAUUCUGGACCACGAUUAUCAGUUUGUCGCGACAGACGUUUGCAUGGAUGCCACGGGCGUCUUUCUUCGUCAACCGACCAGACUUGACUACAUUGACUUCGGUCUGGCUGUGGACGAAGACUCAGGCACGAGUUGCUGA